AUGGCCGGCUCCAGCAGCGCCCCGGCUUUGGUCGCGACUUUCGUUUUUGGUCUCGUUGUUCUCGCCGCAUCGGCGGCCAUCUUUUUCUUUGUCAAAGCCAAUAGAUCGCCUCUGCUCCGAGACGAACUGAGGCUGGCCCUCGUCUUUUUCCUGGCGACCUCGACGCUCUGGGGAAUCAUCGAAUUCGUGGCGACUCUCGUCCCCCACAAUGUCACCUCGGCGUGCCAGGUCGCCAUUUCAUUCGCUACUGUGUUCGACCAACUCGCUCGCUUCUCGGUGGAACAGUUUUUGCUAUGGGGGGUCAACGGCGGCAUGAAGGUCUCUAAGCUGUCGCUCGUCUUGCAGGGCGGUCUUUUCCUCAGAUUCAUCCUCGGCGCCGUUUUUGUGGGAGUGCAACGACCUCAAUUCGACCCCGUUUGCGUUGCCACCAACUUGAUUCUCCCCAUCGGCAUCGUUGUCAUGGUCGUUGAUAUCGCGAUGGUGAUGAUUCUGGGGAUCAAGGCCUUCCUUGCCAAGAAGAGCGAUGCUAUCAGGCCGGAGCUGUCUCGGACCAACACCUUGAUCCUCGUUACCGUUGGACUGGGCAUGUGGACUGCCUUGAGCACGCCCCUCUUCCUCGGACUCAAGACUACUGGCUUGGCUGUCCGAACAAUACUGCCUGCUAUUGGCCUAUUAAUCUUAAUUGGAAUCGUCGCCCUUACCGCAAAGAGUUUCGUGCCCCCGCCAUCGACGUCUGGUCUGAAGAUUCAGAAAACCGUAUCAUUCGAGUCCACGGUUGAGCUGCCAACCCGCAACCUGGAAACCCGAGAGUUCCCUUCGCAGACGGCAAUGGAAAGAAUCAAUGGCGCCCUGCCUCUCAUCAGUCACCCCCCUUUCGGACAAGCUUCUCGAGGAGUCGGAGGACUUCCUGUUGAGGGCGAACUUUUCCCCCCAAUGCGAGCUCAGACUGCGCCUGUCAGGGCCUACAGCAAGAAGAAGAUGACGGAUAGGGCUUACAAGGGCGGCAAGAUUGUCAUAUCAAAGCCGAUUGUGCAGAUGGACGCGGAAAACAGCAACUUCGACAACAUCCCGACCAUCGAUCUGGCCACCGCAGCGAUGAAGGAGAAGGAACGCCGUGAAUUGAUGCCCCAGAAUCCUUUCGUAAACGUCGACAUAGGACUUGGCAAAGCCCCAUCUCCCACAGAAGUCACGCGCAAGCUGUCCGCAGCGAAACGAAAGCAGGUUCCUGAUUCUGCAGCCCCGAGCAACAGCCGAAAUCUCCUUACCGUCGACGAGCCCGCAUUCGCCAUGACGUCCGCUGUACAGCUCUCGCCUGGCCCAGAGUCGGCUCGCAGACGAUCCCCUCGCCAUCAGAGGGACGGCUCCGCGCCAUCACCGCCAAUCAUCUCACCAAAGGAGGAGGCACGAACGCCAAAGUCAGCUCCUCUUCAAAGUGUGCCAGCGCCACCGCCGCCCCCUAUCCCGUCAUUGCAGACAAGGCUCGAGGAGCAUAGAGCCAUGUCCGGAGCGGCUGCUGUCUCUCACUUUAGUGUCAGCACUAUGGAUCCUAUGACAGCACGAAUUGCGUCGACAAUGAUGUUUAGUCCCGAGGGUCCAAAGUCUGCAAAGGUUGCGGCCCCUCGACCGCCGCCGCCUCCCCCAGUACCUGCAGCACCUCCAGCUUCUGUUGAUCAGUUUUGGGUGGAUGCUCGAACAGCAUCGUUGCCUCGAAGCAACUCCGUUAAGAACAAUAUCCGGCCAUCUAGACAACGUCCCCCUUCAGUGCCGGCGGAAGAAGAGAAGCCGGAUACGAAGACCCCUCUCCAGCGAAGGGCAACUGUAGGACUGCCGAACAAUCCAAGGGCCAGAGCAACUAGGGUAUUCGGCGGGGAACGAGGCACCAUGCAUGAGCGACAGAUUAUGUUCAUGAAUAGCGAGGAGGAUACCGUCCCUAUCUUGGCUGCCGCAAAUAUGGAAGCAGAGGAAGAGAGCGAAUCUCCAGGUCGAAAAUCAAUAAUUCACCGACCGAGGCCGAUUCCACGCAAAUCUACGGCGUCAGCUUCCGAACUCUUGGGAGUCUCCAUCGACUCUGCUCAAGAUGACCUUGCGCUCCUCCCAACACCAAACAUGCCUUUGAUCUCUCCCGUGAGUGUGAAGAGCCUAUCGCAGAGUACUUACGGAGCAACUUCGCCUGGAUCCCUCACCAGAGUCAAGACUGUUCGAAGAACGUCGUUUGUUCCUGAUAUGCCAGUUGUUCCUGUAGAGUACCAGGCCCAACAGUCGAAAGUGUCUCAGGAUCCAUUUACCGAGGAGACGACUACAAACGUAUGGACAGUUGUGCCAAAUGAGGGAUUGACUCGGGUGCCUAGCACAGACAAGAAGACACGUGCGCUUUGUGUUUCAAAGUUCAGCGUGGACACUGCGUUGACUGCUCAAGAGCCACAAUCGCCUUACCAGAGUCGGUUGUCGGUAAACACUCAGUCGUCUUAUGAGGAGACCAUUGGCCGCAACUCCACAGUCGCCUUUUCUUCAGACCCCAAAGCUGCUAGAGUCUCGACGGUGCUCAAUGCUUUCAGUGAGCGUUUUACACGUCAUGAGAGCGUUGACUCUGAGCUAUCUCUGAUGCUGAGGAUGGCCCCGGUGCCACCCAAGAAUAUGCCAGGCGAGAAACGGACUGUUGCUCAAGAGAAGAGUGAAGCAGAGGAUGUUCCUUUUAUUAUUGAUAUCCCCACGCCCGAAUCGCCCAGAUCAAUGGAGAGCGUUCAGCUGACUGUCGACCAAUUGCCGUCAUGGCACCACCGUGUUGGCGAGGAGCUGCCUUCAUUCUCUUCUCAGCUGAAGAACAGGAGGUCGCGCAAGCUCUUGGUGCCUAAGCCCCUGGCCUUGUACAGGCCAGCCAACGUCACCGUCGUUAUCGAAGCCGAGCCAUCGCCUGAAGAGCCAGCCCAGGAAGCUCUCGACAAGAUCCACGAGCAACUCAAGCAGCUUGAUCUUGAGAAUGGAGAUGCCCGUGCUACGAUUAGCGAGAAGCAGCGACAGGCUAUCUUGGCCAAUCUGGAGUCUGAAAUGGGUGCGCAAGAGGACCAAUGGCAGAUGCUCAGGGUCGACUACUCCCAGGGCUCGCCUUCUACCACUGUCACCGCGUCAGAGAUCAACUCACUACGCAGCAGUGUUGAUAUCAGCAAGUUUGAGAUCAUGCCCAUCACUAAGCUCAACGCAAGCGCCGGUGAUUUGCUCGUAGCACUCAAAGACCAUGCUGAGAACCGCCUGUCAACUUCUUCCGAGCUGUCCAAGGAGGAGACACUCGAAUCUGGAGAUGAGAAGCUCAGCCGCCGAUCUCUAUCAGCUUCAGGUAAAAUGAACCUGCUCUCCGUGAACACCCGAACAAUGUCGCAGAUUGGUAGCCCUACUCCUCCAGAUACUGACGAGUCAGGCGCGGAGAGCGACAAUGAUAGCAUGGUGGAAGGCCUCGGCGCAGCUAAAGACGGAUCUACGGCAUUAAUGCCAAGAGCCACAAGCUUUUUGGCUUUGGAUGACGUUUUGAGCCCGUCUGAAGACGUCCAAAGCAAGCCUCCUGUUGAAUUUGAGGAUGUCUCAUUGAUGACUCCCAAGGCCCAUCCUGCCCCUAUUGCUGCCCAGUCCGAGGAGAUCAAAGUCGCCAAUGUUGCAAUUGCUGAGGCUGAGACUAUCAAGUUCAGCUUGGCAGACCUGGAAGAGCCCUCACCCCUAUCUGCACCCGUGCCCGUGCCCGUGCCCGCGCCCGCGCCACGACCGCGACAAGUCAUUCGACGACCUCCCCGCCAGAGCAAGCGCAUCUCUACGCUCCCAGAUAUCGUCGAGAACCCAGAGCCGCUUGUCGGAAAAUCUGGAAACCUUGGCAUCUUCCAGUUCCCAUGGGGCGAAAAGUCAGACUUGGCCAGAAUCCCUCCCCGCAUGGUUGGCAUUUCCGGCACCAUGACCAGCGGCCGUGCCCCUAUGAACUCGAUCCAAGAGAAGCAACUCCCCUCGGCCCCUCAGACUUUCCUUGAUGAUGACGAAUUCGAGAAUGGGCUGGACGAUUACGAGAACGAGGAGUAUGACGAUGGCUUUGACGAGGCUACUCUUUGGGAGAUUGCCAGCUUGCUGGAGAGCGACCUGGACACCUCCCGAGAUGACCUCUUCAUGGUUGGCGAGGAGGACUGGGAGGAUCAUGCGCCUGCUGAGGAUGAGCUGUCCCCUGCUUCAUCACCGGUUCGAGAUAUUGCCGAGAGUGUAAAGGAAGAAGUAUAUGAUUUCAUCCCAGUUACGCUAGCAUCAUCUGAAAGCUCUUCUGACAUUUCUUUACAAGUCCCUACUCUCUGGACAGCCGAUCUGAAGGACUCUCGGAUGGGUUUGGGUUUGCCUCAGCCUAGUGAGGGGGAAUGGCAAUCGUACUUUGCCGUUGCUCCCAGACAAGCCCGUACUGUUCGUCGGGUGGUUGAUGAGCCUACUCAGCUGUCUAGUGUUUCUCUGUGGACAGCUACCGCGACUGAUGCCUCGAUGUACACAUCUGGAGUCUGGCGUGCUCCUGAGACCAAGGCUACUAAGCCUGCCUGGAAGAUCGUCAACCUGGUGUGGUCGCCAUCCAACGCUACUAAGAUCUCCAAUUUGGGCCUGCCUCAGCCAGUUGAUAGCCUCUGGACCGCGUAUAUCCCAGAACCAGCCCGCGUCCCCCGCAAGACUACUCAGCUGCCACAGCCUGCAGUGAUUAUAUCAACAUCACUGUGGUCUCUCAAGAGAACCGUGGGGCCCAGUGCCUCGACUGGUGUAUGGACUCCUGUGAUUGAAGUUGAGGCUGAACAGCAGACUGCUGCUGCCACCACAACCGCUUCAGUAUGGACGCCGCUCUCUCGCGCUCGUGUUGCGACUGUGGGACUUCCACAGCCGGAACUCAGCGUAUGGAAUCUUUACAUUUCACCUUUGACGCGCUCUUCCCCCAAGGCGGCACGGAUGCUUCCCCCCGCAACAAUUGAGACUACAUCUCUGUGGAAGCAGAGCCCAGCUGUCAAGCGCAGCGCGUCAAACGGCGUAUGGAGUCCGAUGGAAGAGAUUGAGACUGAAGUACUGAUCAUUGCCGCUGCUGCUUCAUUGUGGUCUCUUUCCUCUCGCACUCGUGCCUCCGUAGGACUGCCACAGCCAGAGCCAAGUGUCUGGAAGUCGUAUAUCCCUAUGGCCGCACGUCUUGCUCCCAAGGCAGCACGGAUGCUUCCUCCUGCAGUAAUUGAGACAACCUCCCUGUGGAAGCUGAGCUCAGUUUCAAAGUCCAGCGUAUCACAGGGUGUAUGGAGUCCGGCUCCUAAGAAGGAGGAGACCAUCAUUAGCCCUGAGGUAUCUUCCGUUGCUUCCUCGCUAUGGUCGCCGAAUUCUGCUCCUCGCGGUAACCCAUGGAGCCUUCCUCAGCCAGAUAUCCAGGCUUGGAAUGCAUAUAUCUCUACUGAUAGCCGUGUAACUCUCCGUGCCCCUCAAGCCCAGCAGCAGCAACAGGCUACCAUUCAGAGCUCUUCAAUGUGGUCCGUUGAACCCUCAAGAACCAUUGAGAUGUUCUCUAGUGCAAACCUGUGGAGCUUGAAGAUGACCACCCUACUCUGGGCACCGGCUGUGCCUAAAGAUGCCGGCGUUGGUCUUCCCCAGCCGGAUGCGAAGGUUUGGAACGCUUACAUUGCCAUGCCGAGCCGCUCUACUCACCGGGCGAUCAACGUGUCCGAGUCUGAAACCAUCACAAGCACAUCUUUGUGGCGUCCUCUGCCAGCUGUUAUUCCCUACUCAGGAGGCGUUUGGGCACCAAAGUCACUGGUUACGAAGCCAUCGCAUGCUGAGACUUCUAAGGUAGCAAAGACUCUGUGGUCUUCAUCUCCUGAAUUGGCUCACUCCGUCGGGCUGCCACAGCCAGACACAAAGGUCUGGAACAUGUACCUUCUUCUCCCAGCACGCGACUAUCGCAAGGCCUACUUACCCAGACCCGGUAUGAUCACAAGCACGUCAUUGUGGCGAUCUCUGCCAGCUGCUCUUCCUCACUCUGGGGGCGUUUGGGCACCAAAAUCACUGGUUGCAAAGCCAUCGCAUGCUAAGUCCUCUACGAUGGCAAAGGCUCUGUGGUCUUCAUCUCCCAAAAAGACACACUCUGUCGGGCUGUCACAGCCAGACGCCGAGAUUUGGGACGCAUAUCUCCUUCUCCCGGCACGCGAAUACCGUAAAGCCUACUUGCCCCGGCCCGCCAUGAUUACAAGCACGUCUUUGUGGGCGCCUACUCCAAGCGUCGAGACACCCUCUGGCGGAGUGUGGAAGGCCAAGUCAGUAAAGGUGGCAACCGAGUCAUCUCUUGUUAAGCCUGCUUUGGCAGUGGUGAAGGACUUACUAUGGUCUUCAUCACCCGCCAAGGCAGCUUCCUUCGGCCUGCCUCAGCCAGAAAUCUGGGCCGCUUACCCUGUCCCUGCAGGUCGCCGUCAGCGAGUUGCGCAUGUCGACAAGACUGUGGCUACCAUUACAAGCACAUCUCUCUGGACUCCCACCCCAAGCACCAAAGUUCCUUCAACUGGGGUCUGGCAGCCAAAGUCAAAGCCCGUGAACGUUGAGUCUUCUCGCACUUCUGCCAAGGCAAAGCAGAUUGGUUCAUCACUAUGGACUCACCUGUCCACCGCAAAGCCGUCCGUCGGCCUGCCCCAGCCAAUCUCUGAGAUCUGGAACUCGUACAUCUCGCCCUUGACCAGCGCCACGUCUACCUCUCGCCGAGUUUUCGUCUCGGAGACUGCUUCAAUCGAAAGCCAGGCUCUCUGGUCUCUCGCGUCUAAAACGGAGGCUGCGGCCGGUUACCUCUGGUGCCCAGCUGAGACUAAGCGCCCAGUCACACAAAACGUUGUUCGUGCCGUGACGGUAACUAGCUCACCUGUUACUGCUACGCCCACCUCUGUUGUAGCUGAAAGCUCCGUUUCUUCAGAGAAACGCACGACCAGUGUUCGUAAAUCCGUGCCCGUCUUCAUGACGCAAGAGCAGUGGAAUUCCGCAUUCAAGAGAAUCUCCCAGGACGUGAAGAGAGAUGAUUCCAGCCUCAACCAAUGGGCUCUCCCAUCAUCGUCAUCGAAGAAUGCCACCAGGCUGAACCGUUCCCAGUCGGUCAAGAGCCGUCCAAUCUUCGAUCCGUCCGUCAUGGCCCUCAUCUCCGAAUACCCUUCCACCACCCCCACCACCUCUUCAUCACGCAAGGGCUUCGGGCGAUCAAAGAGCAUCUCGGCCCUACCUUCCAGCCGCAGAACGCUAAGCCGCAGCAGCAGCAAAGCGUCAUCAAUCUCUCUGCCCAGCAUGGAGCCUCAGCCAGCCGCCUUCCUCUGGACUAAACCCGCUUCAGCGUCCGAAAAGGCUUCUCCUUCCAUGUGGCAGCCCCCCCGCCGCAGCCGCGCUGACGUGCAGCUCCCGCCCUCAUUCAGCAUCCUCCUCCCCAGUCCACGACGAACCGCUGGCAGGAAGACGGAUAUUGCAGUCUCCACUAGUUUCAGGCCCGGACAGGGUUUGUGGAGGGGUGCCGAGCAAAUAAGAUUGUGA